GCGAAAACUACACAGUAAAAUGGACUUACGACUGAGUUGCGUCCUUGUAGUCUUAGCGUUUUGUGCCAGUCUAACAAACGCUCAAAAAAAGACCACAGUUACUGGAGAUUUAACAAAAAACAGAGAUAUUGGAACAAGGGUAGAUCUUGGAAUUUCGCAUCAACGCAAAAAAUGGGGUUUUGACGGAUCAGCCUUUGGAACAUCAAGAGGUCAUAGAGGAGGGAGUUUAGGGAUAUCACACAAACGUAAAAACUUUGAAUUUGGAGGAUCAGUUUUCGGAGACAAUCGUGGAAAUCGAGGUGCAAAAGUAGGCUUCAAAUGGAAGUUUGGAAAAAGAUCUACAGCAUGGAACGGUGAACAUUUUGAAGUUCGAGUCAUCGUAAACCACUGUGACUUCAAUGUUUAUGAUAUAAAUGAAGACAGUGUUAUCACAGUUGACGAGAUUAAUGAAUUAUUCCCUCAAAGAACUGAUGCACAUAGGUUGUUCAAAGCGCUUGAUUCUACAUCAGUUGAUGGUAAAGUGACCAAUGACGAAUUCAAGAUGAUGGCUGCACAAGUUAUAAAGAAAUGUGGAUAUAACAAGUAUACGUAUUAAUGAUGUUUUUUGUUAAAUAGAUAUACAUGAAGCGAUAGUGAUAGUCAUACAUGUAAAUAAAUUAUCCAUUUUUUAUAGUUUAUUAUAAAGCCAAUGACAUAUGUCGGACAGGCAUUGUAUUCUUGUAUACAUGUAUAAAGAACAUUUUAUUAUAAGAUUUGUUUGUUAAUUUGUGUACACUUGUAUUGGAAUGGAUCAUUGUUAAUAAAGUUUUACUACAUGA